AUGGCGCAGGGCAACGAUUCGGUGGGUGAGGUCGUCUAUCAAAAUAUUGUCAUUCCCAGUCAACAGAUACACAAUGAGCAAUCGUUAGUCCAUCCUGGAUAUUUUUACACUUUAUACCCAAAUCAAGAAAAUUUUAAAUACAACCAAUUUGAAUAUUCAAAUAGUAACUCAACUGCAAAUAAUGAUACAAUUUACAAUUCCAAUCUCAACGUUGAGUUAAAUUCAAACUAUAUACAACCAUUAAAUUUAAUUUACAAUAGACAACAUAAUACAUUAAGCGAUUAUGAUCAACAACCAAUAGUAAACCAAACAGAACAACAAACAGUACAAAUAGAACAACAAACAGAACAAGAGCAAGAACAACAAGAAGAAUCGGGUCAGGAGCAAGAACAAGAGCAAGAACAGGAGCAAGAACAAGAACAAGAAUCAAAUGAUGAAGAAAGAGAAUCCCCUCAAAUAAAAUUGGGAAUGUCGGAUUUCAUGUUGACACAAGAAAAAGUAUGUCUUAAAUAUGGAAUUGAAUCAUCGAAUCUCAGCAAGAAAUUUCAUCGAUAUACAAGGGAUAGAUAUAAAACUAUGGUCAACGGUCGUGAUGACUACAAGAGGAAAAACAAAAAGAUGUGCAAGUGUUGGGAGAGAAUAUUAAAUCAAAAGAUGUUUUGGCCAAAUAGGUUGCUCAACACCAAUGAAAAUACCCUCAGAAAGAAUCUUAAAGUUGAAAAAGAUAAUCUCAAACAUUAUUUGGAUGUUCUUUACUCAGAACCAUUAUGUUUAGAAGAAUGGAUUUUACAAAAAAUAUUUAUUUAUUUAUUUAUUUCCAUUUUCAAAUUAAAGGCAACAGUUACAACUUGUUUAACAUAA